CAUUAUGCGCGCUCCCGGCUGAUCAUGCGCGCUCGCGGUACGCGGCCGGUCACCAUGGUGGGGGGGAAACACAACAGUCUGUCACUUUUUAACAAGCUGAAUUAAGCAUGUACACACGCGCCGUUUGACGCUUUCACGGAAUCGGACGGAAACUUGACCGACGGGUGGAUUUUUUCCUUUCAGCGCGUCGUGAGAGCCGGAGAUCCUGAGCACAGUGUAGCAGGGAGGGAAAUGCAUUUCAUGCAUGCUUUGUGCAAAAGAAAAUAAGCGCACCAGGACAUUUUUCACGCAUUAAAUCACCCGUCAAAGCCGAGUAGAGGUGUGUCUCUGCAGGGUUUUUUUUUUUCCCUUUAGAUCGGUUGGUUGGAUCGGAUCGGGCCGGGGACAGAGCGAGGCCCCGGGGGCGCAGCAGGCCGUGUCCCGGGGAAGGAGCCUCCACACGGGGCCGGGCUGAGACCGACACACCGCGCCGAGUCCCGGGAUUUUCACGCGCUUUUCGCUUUUCCACCGGAGACAAUGGCGUCCUACGUGGACAACAGCUUUCGGCAGGCGGUGAUGCUGAACCCAUCCGAGAGGACGCAACAGGAUUUGGAGAUUGUAUAUUCAUAUUUACAUGGUAUGGAGGCGCUGUCCAAUCUAAGAGAGCAUCAGCUAAGGAUGAUGUGUGAAACUGUGCGUUAUGAAAGACAUGAAGCAAAUGAAGUGCUUUACUAUCCGGAUGACAUUGGCAGCUGCUGGUACAUCCUGCUCUCUGGAUCUGUGUUCAUCAAAGAGUCCAUGUUCCUGCCCAGAUCCAGUUUUGGGAAGCGUUCUGCUGGGAGUUUACGUCGCGGAUGUGAGUGUAUCGUUCUGGAGCCGUCCGAAAUGAUUGUGGUGGACUAUAUGGAUGAGAAUGAGGAGUAUUUUCAGCGCCAGGCUUCGCAUCGUCAGUCCCGGAGGAGAUUCCGCAAAAUCAACCAGAAGGGUGAAAGGCAGACCAUCAUCGACACGGUGGAGCCGUACCAAGCGGGCAAGCCGCCCAUAACCCGCGGGUACCACACGGAAUGCGUUAAAGCUCAGCUCCCAGCGGACUUCAGCAGGCUACACCUGGCUGACGGGAUCCACCCGCAGGUGACCCACGUCUCCUCCAGCCUCUCAGGAUGUAGCAUCACCAGUGACUCUGGGAGCAGCAGCCUGUCCGACAUCUACCAGGCCACGGAGAGCGAGCCAGGCGACAUGGACCUGAGUGGCCUGCCUGAGACCGCCGUUGACUCUGAAGAGGACGAUGAUGAGGAAGACAUCGAACGCGCCUCCGAUCCGCUCAUGAGCCGAGACAUCGUCCGUGACUGCCUGGAGAAAGACCCCAUGGACCGCACGGAUGAUGACAUCGAGCAACUGCUGGAGUUCAUGCACCAGCUGCCAGCCUUUGCAAACAUGACCAUGUCGGUGAGGAGGGAGCUGUGUGCGGUCAUGGUGUUCGCUGUCGUGGAGCGAGCUGGAACCAUCGUCCUUAACGACGGCGAGGAGCUGGACUCGUGGUCGGUGAUCCUGAACGGCUCGGUGGAGGUGACGUACCCUGAGGGCCGCACUGAGAUCCUCUGCAUGGGCAACAGCUUCGGCGUCUCGCCCACCAUGGAGAAAGAGUUCAUGAAGGGAGUGAUGAAGACCAAGGUGGACGACUGUCAGUUUGUGUGUAUAGCGCAGCAGGACUACUGCUGCAUCCUGAACCAAGUGGAGAAGAACAUGCAGAAGGUGGAGGAGGAGGGGGAAAUCGUCAUGGUUAAAGAACACCGUGAGCUCGAUCGCACCGGCACCAGAAAAGGACACAUUGUCAUCAAGGGCACAACAGAGCGUCUGACCAUGCACCUGGUGGAGGAGCACUCAGUGGUGGACCCCACCUACAUUGAGGACUUCCUGCUUACCUACCGUACCUUCCUGUCCAGCCCCAUGGUGGUGGGCAGGAAACUGCUGGAGUGGUUCCAUGACCCCAGCCUCAGGGACAAGGUUACACGGGUAGUCUUGCUGUGGGUGAACAAUCACUUCAAUGACUUUGAGGGCGACCCUGAAAUGACGCACUUUCUCGAAGAGUUUGAGAACAAUCUGGAGAGGGAGAAAAUGUUUGGGCACUUAAGACUGUUAAACAUUGCUUGUGCUGCCAAAGCCAAGUUGCGGGUGGUGACUCUGACUAAGCCGUCACGCGAGGCUCCUCUGGCCUUCAGUCUGCUUGGUGGCUCAGAGAAAGGCUUCCGCAUCUUCAUUGAGAAUGUGGAGCCGGGCAGCAAAGCUGCAGAAGCGGGCCUCAAACGUGGAGAUCAGAUCCUGGAGGUAAAUGGGCAGAACUUUGAGAAUGUGCAGCUGUCCAAAGCAAAUGAGAUCCUGCGCAACAAUACACAUCUGUCUAUUACUGUGAAAACAAAUCUCUUAGUGUUUAAGGAGCUUCUGGCUCGACCGGAGCACGACCAAGAACCUGACCACGAGGAAGAGCUGGACAGGAAGAAUGGGGCUCCCCACAUUCCCAAGAUCGGGGAUAUUAAGAAGGCAAGCCGUUACUCCAUCCCAGACCUGGCUGUGGAUGUGGAGCAGGUGAUGGGUCUGGAGAAAGCAAGCAAGAAAGCUAAGGCCAACACAGUGGGCGGGAGGAACAAGCUCAAAAAGAUCUUUGACAAGACUUUGACCAGUAUUCUACCGCCCAAGCCGUACAAUGAUGUUGGUGUAGGCCAGUCCCAGGAUGAUAGCAUUGUUGGAAUGAAGCAGUCGAAACAGAUCCCUCCUGCUCUGCCAGUCAGCGGAAACUUAUCGUCCAGUAACCCCGACUUGUUGCAGUCUCACCAUCGUAUACUCGACUUCAACAACCAGCCAGAACCCGUCCCUAACAACAUGUCGGACCAGGUGCUGCGUGUCUUCAAGGCUGAUCAGCAGAGUCGUUACAUCAUGAUUGGCAAGGAUACUACGGCCAAGGAGGUUGUGGCUCAGGCCAUCCGGGAGUUUGCUCUGACUGCUGCCCCUGAAGCUUAUUCACUGUGCGAGGUGUCCGUCACACCCGAGGGUGUAAUCAAGCAGCGGCGGCUUCCUGAGCAGCUCUCCAAACUGGCAGACAGAAUCCAGCUCAGCGGCAGGUACUACCUGAAGAGCAACAUGGAGACGGAGACAUUGUGCUCAGACGAGGAUGCCCAGGAGCUUUUGAGGGAGAGUCAGAUCAGCCUGCUGCAGCUAAGCACGGUGGAAGUGGCCACGCAGCUCUCCAUGCGUGCCUUCGAGCUCUUCUGCGCCAUCGAGCCCACUGAGUACAUCGAUGACCUCUUCAAGUUGCGGUCACGCUCUCCUGGACCUUCCAGCCUCAAGCUCUUCGAAGAGUCCAUAAACCGAGAGACCUUCUGGGUGGCCACUGAGGUGCUGAGGGAACCCAACCAACUGAAGCGCAUGAAGAUCAUCAAGCAUUUCAUCAAGAUCGCCCUGCACUGCCGCGAGUGCAAGAACUUCAACUCCAUGUUUGCCAUCAUCAGUGGUCUAAAUCUGGCGCCCGUGUCCAGACUGCGAGGAACUUGGGAGAAACUUCCCAGCAAGUAUGAGAAGCUCUUCAGUGACCUUCAGGACCUGUUUGACCCGUCCAGAAACAUGGCCAAGUACAGAAACGUUCUCAACAGCCAGAACCUGCAGCCGCCAAUCAUCCCUCUCUUCCCAGUUAUCAAAAAAGACCUCACCUUCCUCCAUGAGGGCAACGACUCAAAGGUGGAUGGACUGGUAAACUUUGAGAAGUUGCGUAUGAUUGCUAAAGAGAUCAGACACGUGGGUCGGAUGGCAGCCGUCAACAUGGACCCAGCGCUGAUGUUCCGCACCAGGAAGAAGAAGUGGAGGAGUUUGGGGUCACUGAGCCAGGGCAGUGCCAACGCAGCCGUACUGGAUGUGACUCAGACGGGCGGGCAUAAGAAGCGUGUAAGGCGGAGUUCCUUCCUCAAUGCCAAGAAGUUGUACGAGGAUGCACAGAUGGCACGCAAGGUCAAGCAGUAUCUGUCUAACCUCACACUGGAGACCAACGAGGAGAGCCUGCAGACGCUGUCUAUACAGUGUGAACCCUCCAUAAGUACACUGCCUAAGAGCUCAGGGGACAGGAAGAGGCCAGACACCUCACCUGUGGUAGCGCGAGCCGCUAUGCACCCACGCCAGCAGCUCCAGAAAUCCAACCAGGCCCUGCAGGUGCCCACUGUCGCCCUCUACCCGUCCCGCAAGAAGGUGCCUGUCAAAGACCUGCCACCAUUUGGCACGAAUUCUCCACAGUCCCUGAAGAAGAUUCUGUCUCUGUCGGAGGAGGCAGCUGAGAGACACAGGAAGCAGACGGAAGAUGCCGUGUCCAGCACUUCGUCUCCCCCUACGUCUCCUCGCAGCUCCCCAAAGAAAGGUUUAGGAAGAGUGAGUGAUAACCUGUCAGACUCAGGCCAUAGUGAGAUCUCUUCUCGAUCCAGCCUGGUCAGCACUUCCUCUCUGGACAUGGGCCAGGACGAGCGGCGUCUCCGCUAUGGGCACGGGGUCAGCGACGGUCACACUGGUGGUCAUGGAGGUCACCGGCUUGAGCGUAGAGCCACAGCUGACCCGGACCAGUACAGUCUUGGCUCGUUCUCAUCAGUGCAGGACUGGCGUGGCAUGUAUGCAGGCACGGCAAUGCCCUCCUCGCCGAGUUCAGAGGAGUUAAGUCAGGAGCAGGGCGACCGCGUCUCCUUGGAUGCUGCAGACUCUGGGCGAGGCAGCUGGACGUCCUGCUCUAGCGGCUCACAUGACAGCAUCCAGGCCAUGCAGCAGGGCCGGAGCUGGGAUGCACUGGCUGAGGGGGCGGGGCUCUGGGCCGGACGAGGCAGCUGGGCGUCGACCUCGUCAUGCUCAUCCUCAUCAGCAGCGUGCUGGGGAGAUGAGUCCGAGGGAGACACGGGAACUAUCAAGCGGAGAGGGGGUAAAGACGUGGGCACUGACCCUGACACCUGCAGCAUCACUUCUACAGGAUCAGAGGAAUCAAAACAGCAGAGCCGCCGGCCGUCUCCCAUCACCGCCGGCACGACCAAGAGCAGCCUGCCGCGUAAAGAUGGCCGAUACCGUGAUCCCCCUCCCACUCCUCCAGGCUACACGGCUCUGUCCAUCUCAGAGGUGACGGAGGGGACGACGCACACGACCAGGAGGCCUCCAGACUACACCACGGCACUGCAGCGCUCCCGCCUCGUUACACACUCGCCUAAACCAGGGACCGAGCGUGAGGGAGAGGAAGAGGAAGAAGAGGAGGAGGUAGAGGAGGAGGGUGAGUGCUUAUCUCCAAAACUCAGAGAUCAGAGGAGGAGAGGUCCACACACAGCAGUGCCCCCCAGGCCAUGAGUCACACACACCACUCUGGCAGGCAGAGGAUGAGCAAGUGUCCGCUGUGUGAACAGACGACACUUUCCUUACUGUUCGGCUCUCACUGCAGUGACUGAAGGCCUGUGAGGCCCGUCAAAGGCAGACAGACAGCCAGAGCAACCAAUCAUCACCUCGAUGCCACUGCCUGUCUCUCUCCUGAUUGGUGGAUUCAUCUCCCUUCUCUGCCUUAAAGCAUCAUGAGGGGUUUUGUCACCCUGCAUGCUAAAAUACUGUGAAGAAAGGAAGAGAACGUUCAAAACGAAGAAAUUACCUGGCACUUUGGAAAAAUCUAAUUAUUUAGCUUAAAGUAGUAAAAAAAAAAAAGAACUUGAACCUGAAUUCAAAAUGAACACAGAGCGGUGCGACAUUCACACAAAGACAAGACUGCCGUUGCCAGUCACUGAUGGACAUUUCCUACCUUCCUUACACAUUCUCACAAAUCAUUUUUCCUCAUCUGCACUUUUAAGGUAUGUUUUGUAAGAACAAAAUGCACAUGAUCUUCUCAGACUUCAUCAUCUCUUCUGGAACACACAUUCUACAUGGUGAAAAUGAGAACAUUUAGGGGAGAAAAACACUCAACACUCAAAUAGCGACUCUUUUUAUGGGAAUCGGCGCUCACCUGUACAAUGUGCGUGUCACUGUUGCAGUAUUAAUUGAGCUUUCAAGGUUGGUGAAUGCUGUAGAACUGGAGAUAAACACAGCAAGGUGGAAAUGAAGCACGCUGGCGUGACUCUGCGUUUGGGUGCAUCCUAAAGCCUUUCACUACCUACGCAGCACCCUGCUUCAAUCCCUAGGGUGCUGUGUAAAUGGAGAGAUCUUGGACUUGUGGUUUUGUGGUUUUGACUUCUGUAAACAUCGAGGGAAAAGGCAGGGCCAAACUGAGGGCUAAACUCAUCAGGAACCAUGAGACAUGGUUGGUGCAUUCUGAUACUUGAUAUGAGUAGAACCCAAACUGGAAAAUCAGAGAGCUGCUUGGAUAUCAGAAACUAAUCAACGGAAGCUAAUUUACAGGCAAGGCUUUUGAGAUGUUAAAAUUUCAGUUCAUAGGUUUUUUUUUCCAUCAUUCCCCAUCCCACCCACUGCUGUCACGUGUAGAGAAUUGUAGAGUUGACACCAAAUUCCGCUGGUGCAUGACUCUAACCAAACCCCUAGAGUUCUUUACAAAUUUUUUUUUUAGGGUGUGAGGUUAUGAAACCUGUUCAGUAGCUAACACUAGGAUUCCAAAGGCAAGAUUUAAAAAAAUCUUAGUUCAGAGUUUUCAUUCCUGCCCCAUUGGACCCAUUUUGUGUCCUGUGAAAAAGGAGGGAUCAGGGUUGAUACCGAGCUCCAAUGGUUCUUGACUCCAGGAACUCUCUAGAAUUCUUUGCCAAUUUUGAAUUUGUGAAUUUACAUGGACACUGCAUUACCUUUGUGCAGGAACCCAGAGACAUCUAUUUUAUUUAAUUUGUUUCACUUCAGGAGUUUUUGUUCCUGCCCCAUUUCCUUUUUGGGGAGAAGACAAGAUGUUUGUUACAGGCCUUAUGUAAAGAACAAAGGAAGAUUUUAAAACUUAGGAGCUGAAGUUACUCCAGUAGCUGGCUGCAGUAAUUCAGGGACAAGCCCUAGCUUAGAGUUUUUGUUCUUGCCCCAUUGCAUGCACAAGGCAAGAGCUUUGUUUCAGUCCUGUGCAAAUGAAGUGAGUAGAAUUGACAGCGUUCCGCUGACUUGACUUGAAUCACAGCCAGCUCCCUCCCAUUUCUAUAAUUCUGUACAGUUUUGUUUGGGUACAGGGUUGAUCAAGUAACUGGCUACAGUAAUCCAGAGGCAAAGUUUUUCUUUUAAGUUGAGAGUUUUUAUUCCUGCUCUAUUCCACUCUCUUGGGGAGAAAGUGCGACCUUUGUUUCAGGUCCUGCGUAAAUGGAGGGACCAUUUGACUCCAGUCUUCACUGGUACCUGACUCCAGCCAACUCCCUAAAAUUGUUUGGAAUUUUUGAGAAUGUGAGGUUACAAGAUUGCUCCAGUGACAUCUGGAGCUUAUCUCAGUGUAGAGUUUUAGUUCUUUCCCCAGACCUUUGUUGACACCAAUUUCCACUUGUGCUUGACCUAGUCAGCUCACUCCUAUUGCAAGAAAUAUUUAGGUGGUUGUGAGGUUAUAAGGUUGUUAUUAGGCUACAGUAACCCUGGAACUAGGUGUUUUUUCUCUUGCACCAUCCCAUCCAUUUGGAGGGAAGUCACCACUGGUGCUUGACCCAUCCAGCUCAUUCCCAUUCCAAGAAUUCUUUAAAAAAUCUGGGGGGUUGUGAGGUCAUAAGGUUGUUAUAAUUCACAGUAACCAUGGCCUUUUUUCCCUGCACUAUCCCACCCAUUUGGAGGGAAGGCAAGAUCUUUGUUUCACCACUGGUGCUUGACACCAUCCAGCUCAUUCCCAUUUAUUGAGAUCUUUGCAUCUUGAGGAUGCAGGUUGCAAGGUUGCUCCAGUACCUGGUUAUGGUUACCUAGGGGCAAGUUUUUCUCCUGCAACCCACAUUAAGGAGAGCUUAAACAUUAUUUCAUCCAGUGCUUCAUUUUAAUUUUGUAGAGAACAAAGUUGACGUCAAACUCCAAUGGCACUUGACUGUAUUCCCAUUGAGCCACAAAUUAUCUUCACAUUUCAUAUUUUUCUGAAGUUUAUUAGGUAUUUUCACAUGGAUGAAAUGCCAUGAGUUGCCUAUCAGAGUGGAUUAUAGGCAGAAAAAAAAAACUCUGAUUGGACCAUUUUUAGAAGGCAUAUCCCUCCUAUGAAGUGCUACAAGUCUCUAAACUACUGUCAACAGGAUAUAUAAUAAGAGGAUACUGAGGGUGACUUGUUACUCCAAACCGAAACUUAUCACAACUACGUAUUACUGUGGUAUGUAGAGAAAAACAUAAAGACCUGUCCAGCCAGUGAAGUCCACACUUGACUGGGUGCUACUUCCAUUCUGAUGCGAACAUAUUACGGUUUUUGAGGUGCUAUGUAGGCUUUAUGAAGAUGUAAACCUGCUUGUGUCACCCUGCACAUAAAGAAGGGAUCUGGAUCAGAGCUCAAGAGCUCACAAGAACUUUUAGAAACAUGCUUCUGAGACUCCGGUGGUGAAGGAACGCGUUAAACGAGCCGAAGGCUGCCAAGCUGAGUAGAACUUGACCGGUGAGAAGUCACUUUUAUUGUUUAUUUUUAAUCACUGAGUUAAGCUGAUCACAUUGAUCAGUAGUUUAGGACUGAUAUUCUUUGAGGGAGGGGAAAAAAAAGAUUGCAGUGUUUUCCACUGUACCCUGUAAUAUUAUCACGUCAACAUUUCUUUCUCUUCUUGCUGUAAUUUUUCCUUUGUUUUUUUUGUAAUGGUUGCCGUCGUUAAAAAAAGGAUCACAUUUGUAAAACAGUGGUUAUAUAAAUCAUUCACCUCCAUUUGAAUUUUUGAAACUAGUCAUGCUUUUUCUGGCGAGCUGAGUGGAGUCCUCUUUCGAAAAAUAAGUUGCACAAACUGUACAAGCAUAAGAUAAAUCGUAGUAGUUAGCACUGCUACUUUGUUCGAUGUGUGAUGUCAAGUGAGAAGUGUACAUUUAGCUGGUGAAGAUUCUCUCAUUCUUGACUACUUUUACCUGUACGUCUUUUACAAAGACAAUUGGUGGAGUAUGUAUCGGUUGUUAUUUUCUGUCUUUUUUUUUUCUUUUUGUAUUUUUAAUACAAUAAUUGUAAAUAUUGGUUAUAUUUUUGUUGAACUGUAGAAAUGUACUAUGUUUAUGCCUCAACAUCCAGUUUAUAUGAAGCUGGUAAUCAAUAAAUGCGAGAAAAAGAAAUCGACUUGUAGGUUUCAAAUGCACUUUUUUGUUGUUUUCCCCGUCAACGAGUUCUCUUUGGAAAAUUGUUACUUUAAAUGACACCGUCUAAUGUUUGCACAAGAUGAGACAUGGAAUUAACUUGAAAUGUGUAUCUGAUGAUAAUUUUUUUUAACUGACACAUCUGUCAGAAUGAAUAAAAAGACACUGAUGCCUA